CCCCUCACACGACUCGGCGCGAGGAGUUUCCCCUUUCCUCUACGUGCACCUCGCCCCCCCGCGGGAGCUCGAAAACCUAGCCGCCAAAUCCAUGGCUCGCCGCGGCCGCGACGACGACGACGACGAGGUGGAGGAGGAGGAGGACGAGGAGGAGGCCUACGACCUGGACGAGGAGGAGGAGGAUGAGGAGGACGACUACGAGGAGGAGGCCAGGCGCGGGAAGGCCUCCCGCGGCGGCGGCGGCGGCGGCGGCAAGGGCGGCGGCGGGCGGAAGCGGUCACGCGAGGACAACUUCAUCGACGACUCGGCCAUCGAGGACGAGGACGAGGAGGAUGAGGACGACGACGGCGGGGCGCGCCCGAGGAAGAAGGGCGGCGGCGGGGUGCGGGGGUUCUUCGACGAGGAGGCCCAGGUCGACGAGGACGAGGAGGAAGAGGACGACGGCGAGGGCGAGGACGAUUUUAUCAAUGAUGCUGGGGCCGAUAUUCCCGAUGAGGAUGUUGUUAGGGGCUCAAGACGCCAUUCAAUACCUAUGAGGGAUGAAGAAGAAGACAUUGAUGAGAUUGAGAGACAAGUACGGGAGAGAUAUGCAAGAUCCACUCAUAUUGAGUAUGGCGAGGAAGCUGCAGAAGUGGAACAGCAAGCCCUGUUGCCUUCUGUGAAGGAUCCUAAACUAUGGAUGGUCAAAUGUGCGAUUGGACAUGAGAGAGAGACUGCGAUUUGUCUGAUGCAAAAGUACAUCGAUAGGUCAGAUCUUCAGAUAAAGUCUGUCGUGGCAUUGGAUCAUCUAAAAAAUUAUAUUUAUGUUGAAGCUGAAAAGGAGGCCCAUGUCAAAGAGGCUUGCAAAGGUCUACGAAAUAUUUAUGCUUCAGCAAAAAUAACCUUAGUUCCAAUAAAAGAAAUGGCAGAUGUCCUCUCUGUUGAGAGCAAAUCUGUUGACCUUUCAAGGGAUUCUUGGGUCCGAAUGAAGUUGGGCAUAUAUAAAGGUGACCUUGCUAAGGUUGUUGAUGUUGACAAUGUACGCCAAAGAGUGGAUGUAAAGCUGAUCCCUAGAAUAGAUCUACAAGCUUUGGCUAGUAAACUGGAAGGGAGAGAGACUGUAAAGAAGAAAGCAUUUGUCCCACCACCACGAUUCUUCAAUAUCGAUGAGGCGAGGGAGAUGCACAUUCGAGUGGAACGGAGGCGGGAUAAAGAAUCUGGGGAGUACUUUGAGUGGGUUGAUAAUCUGAAGUUCAAAGAUGGUUUCUUGUACAAAUCAGUCUCCACAAAAUCAAUCCACACAAAUAAUAUUCAGCCGUCAUUCGAUGAACUUGAGAAAUUUAGGAAGCCUGGAGAUGACAUGAAUGGCGACAUGGCUAGCUUGUCCACUCUGUUUGCAAACAGGAAAAAAGGGCACUUCAUGAAGGGUGAUGCCGUCAUUGUUAUUAAAGGCGAUUUGAAAAAUCUGGAGGGGUGGGUUGAGAAAGUAGAGGAUGAAACAGUUCACAUCAGACCGAAAAUAUCUGAUCUUCCGAAAACAUUAGCUUUUAACGAGAAGGAGCUUUGCAAAUAUUUCAAACCUGGUGACCAUGUCAAAGUGAUCUCAGGUGUUCAAGAAGGUGCUACUGGCAUGGUUGUUAAAGUGGAAGGACAUGUCUUGAUCAUUUUGUCUGACACAACUAAAGAACAUAUCCGCGUGUUUGCUGACCAUGUUGUUGAAAGCUCUGAAAUUACCACAGGGAUUACCAGAAUUGGUGAUUAUGAACUGCGUGAUCUUGUCCUUUUGGACAACUUGUCAUUUGGGGUAAUUAUAAGGGUGGAAGCUGAAGCAUUUCAGGUUCUGAAAGGAGUGCCAGAUAGACCUGAAGUUGUACUUGUGAAAUUAAGAGAAAUAAAAAGCAAAAUUGAUCGGCGUGCAUCAGCAAAAGAUAGGUCAAAUAAUAUUAUCUCAGCAAAGGAUGUUGUAAGGGUUGUUGAAGGAGCAUGCAAGGGGAAGCAAGGACCUGUGGAACACAUACACAAGGGGAUACUGUUUAUCUAUGACAGGCAUCACCUUGAACAUGCAGGCUUUAUUUGUGCAAAAGCGCAAUCGUGCCUUCUUGUUGGUGGAUCAACUGGUGGCCGUCGAGGAAAUGGCAUGGACACAACAGAUGCUCGGCUUGGUGCUUUGAGGUCUCCAGCAAGCAUUUUGCAAUCUCCAGGAAGGCUGCCCCCAAGAGGACCUCACAUGAAUUAUGGUGGAAGAUUUGGAGGUGGUCGUGGUGGUAGAGGGCAUGAUGCCUUGGUAGGAAAAUGUAUCAAAAUUAAGUCUGGUCCUUACAAGGGGUACCGUGGCCGCGUCAAAGAGGUGACUGGUGCACUUGUACGCGUGGAGCUUGAUUCAUUGAUGAAGAUUGUCACAGUUAAAAGAGAUGAUAUUGCUGACACACCUACUGUCGCAACACCAUUCCGUGAACCUCGUUAUUCAUUGGGUGGUGAAACACCAAUGCACCCGUCUCGAACACCACACCAUGCUUAUCAGACUCCAAUGCGGGACCCUGGAGCAACACCAAUACAUGACGGGAUGCGGACUCCUAUGCGUAGUCGAGCCUGGGCUCCUAUGAGUCCUCCGAGGGAUAAUUGGGAAGAUGGAAAUCCUGCUACUUGGAGUAGCAGUCCAGCCUACCAGCCAGGAACUCCACCAGCUCGGCCAUACGAAGCCCCCACACCUGGAUCAGGGUGGGCAAACACUCCAGGAGUUAGUUUCAAUGAUGCUCCGACUCCUAGGGAGAACUAUGCAAAUGCUCCGAGUCCAUACGUGCCUUCCACACCUGUUGGUCAACCGAUGACUCCAAAUUCUGCCGCGUAUCUUCCGGGUACACCUGGUGGUCAACCAAUGACUCCAGGCAAUGUUGGAAUGGAUAUAAUGUCCCCCAUAAUAGGUGGUGAGGGUGAAGGUACAUGGCUGUUGCCAGAAGUUUUAGUCAACGUCUUGAGGGGAGGCGAUGACGGUCCUGGUGUGGUCAGGGAAGUACUUGGGGACGGAUCUUGCCGAGUCGCACUCGGGCCGUUGGGCAACGGCGACAUGGUGACAGUCCUUCCGAACGAUGUCGAGGUCAUUAGGCCAAAGAAGAGUGACAGGAUCAAGAUACUGAAUGGCAAUUUCCGUGGAUACACAGGAAAACUCAUAGGCAUAGAUGGUUCUGACGGAAUAGUGAAGCUGGACGACACAUACGAAGUUAAGAUAUUAGAUAUGGUGAUUUUGGCCAAACUGGCGACUUGAAAUGGAUGUAUAUUUUGUAACGUGUCCAUCAUAGAACAUAUGUUGUAAGUUGUAACCAUGCCCUUGUUCGCAAUAAAACUUUUUGUUGCUUA